UGUACACACAGCUACACAAAAUUGAUGGAGAAACUCAACAGGUCUGACAGCAUCUGUGGACAGGAAAAGAGAAUUAAUGUUUCAAGUCCAUCCUUCAUCAGGUAUGGAGGGUACAUUCCAAAAUUACAAAGCCGGCUAGGAGAGACCUAUGGCAAUGCUACUCUUGGACUCCUGUCAUAUGAACCUGGACAGCCCAAGGCACCACGUUUAACUCUGACUCAAACAAAAGCAUUGUACAAUCCCCAGGUGCCAAGGCAUCUGCUAAAUAGGACCUAUGGUCAUCCAGAAAUUACCACAUAUGCGGGGCAGGUGCAGAAUACAAACAUUAAAAACGGCUAUUUCUAUCCGAGAGAUGGCAAAUAUCAUUUUGCUCUGAAGAAUUAUGUAUACGACAACAAUCCUGAAGCAACAUCUGCCAUUCAGACUAUAGAAGAAUUGAAACAACGCGAAAUGAAGAAGUGUAACAGGAGUGACCUGAUUGCACCAAAUAUGUCAUCAAGGCCUAAAACUGCCUUUGCACCAGAUGAAAUUAAACCACCAGAUAGUUGUGCUUUCAUCCCCAUGGUUUAUGAACCAUCUAUUGAUCCCUGUCACCCAAGGAAAAUGGAUUUAUUCCAAACACCAGAUCAAAAACCAGUGGAGCAGCAUAGCAGGAUAAUUUAUAAACCCGAUUCUUCACUUCACCCAACCUAUAAUGGUUUUGUUCCAGGUCAGCAGUUUAAGAUCGGAAAGAACUGGGGACACAGUACUUUUAACGUUCUGGGCAUUGGUGAGGAGAAACCACAGCCACCGUGUCCCACUUGAUUUGGGAACGAGCCUUCUAGCUGGCUGAAUACAGGGCUGUACUGACUUCAGUUAGAACAUCAAUAAAUUUGAGAGUGUCGGCAGACAAUCUGAUUGCCCCAAAAUCAAACCAGUUGUUAAGUUGACUAUGUUUGCUGAAUGCCAUAAAAGUAAAGUUGGAAUUCAUUCUUUUACACAAUAAAUAG